UACAUUUAUUUGUAUAUAUCAUUAUGUAUUCAUGUCUCAUUAAUUUAAAUGUCAUACUUAUAUAUGUUUAAAAUAUCGUAUAUUUUUUGAAAUUUAUUAUUAAUAUAAAUCGUACGAUAGGGAGAUAAAAGACAGACAGAAAGAGAGAAAGAGAGAGAGAAUGAGAGAGAGAGAGAGAGAGAGAGAGAGAGAGAAAGAGAUUUUAUAAGAAAAUAAUAAAUGUGGUAUUCUUAAUUUUUGUGGUGUAACCUGAUGUGCAAGUUAUCUUUGUUGAAUGAGAGAAACAGAUACAAAAAGGAUAAAUAUAUACACAUGUAAUAUUACGUAUCUUGUAGAACAUGAAUUUAGGAGAAGAAAAGGGUGCAGGUAGUAUGAAGGAAAAAAGGCAAAAAAAAAACAAAUUUCAUGCAACAUAUAAAUUCCAAAAGAAUUUAAGAUUCGACUGAAAUAUGUAAGAGGUUGUUAACGUUACGCGCAUGCGUGUGUAGGAUACUUAUGCUACUUGAUAAAAUACAUAUACGAAAACGAGUGUAUAUUAACUCUAUAACAUCAAUAAGAAACUUACACAUUAAUUAAUAUAUUCCCGUUCAUGAGAAUUUAAGAUUUAUCCUGGAUCUUUAAGAAUAUUUGGAAUCUGAAAACUGCGUCUACACACACAUUGCGUGUAAUAACGGAUAAAAGAGAAGAAGUGACAACGUCGCAUUUUGCUUGCUCGAAGUGCAAUGUUGCAGUUAUACGAUGAAGUGGUAUAGAAGUGUGUCUUCGUUCUUAGUAUAUUUGUAAUAAACAUACGUUUUCGAAACGUGGAUUAUAUGUGCACCAUUGACUACAGUCUUCUACUCAAUAUUGUGAUUUACAUUUGGAUUAUUCACAGAUUAAAAAACAGUAAAGUGUUACAAAAUAAAUGAGAUUGCUGUGAUAUUUCUCUAUAUACUGCCUCUCUUUAAAUAAUGGAGACAUUAAGGAAUGAUACAGUGCAUGUUUCCACGUCCAUUGCAUCUAAUCAUGCACAAAUCGAUAUACAAAAUACUGAUGAAUUAUCAAAACAAAAAGAAGAAGAACUUUUAUACAGAACAGGUGAAGAUGGAGAUGAAGAAGAAGCCUUGUCAGAUGAUAGUUUGCGUUUACGAUUAUCUGAUGAUGAGGCCGAAGUAGAAGAAGUUACCUUAACAUGUAUAAAUCCUAAUCAAAGUGAUAAAGAAACAGAAAAUAUGGAUGAGAAAAAUGAAGAAGAAUGUAAUAAAAAAUCUGAUAAUGAAAUAGAUAAUGAUAAAGAGGAUAAUAUAAACAUAGAAAAUAAAGAGAUAAAGAUUUUAAAAUCUAAUUACAAAAAAACAAAUAAUAUAAUUUUAAUCAGUAAGGAUAAUGAUAAAUUAAUCAGUGAAGAAUGUAAUAAUGAAUCGGUUAAUAAUUCUUCGAAAACAAAAAAUAAAAAUGAAAAAACAACAAAAACGAAAAAUUGUAAUUUGAUUAAAAAAAAUUGUGAUGAUAGUAAAUUAGCUGAUGAUCUAAAUAAUUCUAAGAAUUUAAAUAAUUCGAUUUGUAAAGAAAAUGAUAAAUCUUCCUUAAAAGAAAAAAAUGAAGAUAAAGAGUGCAGUCAAUUAAAGUUAGAGGAUCAGAAUGAAGAAGUAGAUAUUAAACAAAAUGAUCAAUGUUAUGAUGGAAAACAGAAUUUAAGACUAAUUAAAAAUGACAAAGAAUUAAACAGCAAUUAUAAUAUGACUGUUUCUAAUAGUAAGAAUGAUAAUUCUACGAUUGAUGAACAUUCUGAGGAUAAACAGAAAAUUAAUACAAGCACUACUAUACUAAAUCAAUGUCAGGAAAAUAGCCAACAUGCAAUAUCAAAUCUUAAUAAUGAUAAUAGUAAAACUGUACAAAACUGUCUUAUAAUCGAUCAAAAAGUUAAUAAUAGUAAAUGUGGUAAAAAGGUUUUAGACGAUGAAAUCAAUUCAUGUCAAUCUCCAAAUUUGUCUGAUAAUCAUUCUUUAAAAAAGCAAACUGGAAAGUUGAAUUCAUCAAAAAUUAUUUCUGAUAACAAUAAUACACGUAAUAUUAAUCAAUCAACAUCAGAAGCUAUUAAUGUGGACAGUGACAUUAACGAACUUUUAAUUUCUAAUGAUGAAAGUUCGUCAAUAGUAAGUAGAGCUACGUCAUUAGAGUCCACUGGCGAUACAAAAAAUGUAAAUGAUGAAAGUGAAAAAAGAAAUUUAGAAAUUCCAAAACCACGCAGAAGAAGACGAUCAAAAAAAUUGGCUGCUUUAUUAGCACGAGAUAAUGUUCAAGAAAAUAGGCAAGGAAUAGAAGGGCGACAGAAACGAAGAACAGCAAAAAAUGCAGAAGAAAUCAUAAGGAAAAAGUUCUUAGUACAGGAUAGUGAUGUAGAAUCUAGUGAUAAUUCUGAUAAAUUUGUAACUGUAAAUCAUAAAGCUAAUCAACACAUGGAAUCUCUUUCUCCUUCAUUAAAACGAAAUUGUUCUGAUAUGGACGUAACUAUUAAUGGUAAUAACAAAAGGCUCAGAAGUUCAGAGCUCGAAGAUGUUACGAUAAAAGAUGAUCACAGGGAUGAUAUUAAAAGUCUUAAUUAUAUACAUAAGUUUUUCAGAAGAGAUCUCAAAGAAAAAUUACCUAAAUUAAAACAAGAAGAACUGGAGGAACUUUUAAUACAGAAAAUUGUAGAGACUAUAACAAUGCGUGGUGAAAUUGGAAGAUUGAGAGAGCAAGCACGAAUAUCUGAAAAAAAUCAGGAAGCAACGCGUACUAGGUGUCAACUAUUAGCAAAACAAAUUAAGGAUUUUGAAAUGGUUUUAAGUCGUAAUGCGGCAGAUCGACGGGCAAAUAAUGAUAAACCAACUGCACCGAUAAAGAUUAAUCGGUCUGUUGGAUUACAAGUUAAUUUUAUUACGGAACAUGGAAUACAAAGUUUAAGACAGUUACAUCAAAGUCCUACAUUAAAAUCUGUAAAUAUAUCCACUACAAUUAAUUCUGUAGUUAAUGAAACGAACAAUAAUGCACUAAAUCAAAGAAAAGGAAUAAAAGUAAGAUCUCCCAGGAAACUUGAGACACCUAUAGUUGCUCAACCUGUUACUAUAUCGCACAAUGUAGUGCAGCCUCCACCAUUAAUUUCUACUGUGACUCCAACUGCUUUGGUUGUGUCUAAGAAUGUUGAACCUCAACACUCUGUAAAUUUGCAAAAUCAACCCAAUAAUAUUCAACAAUUAUUACCAAAUCAACAACAAACAGUUGUACUAAAUGGAAAAGUUCCACUUCAAACAAAUCGACAAAGUACAACGAUUAAUGUUUCUAAAACGAAGACUAAUGAUCUCAUUGAUUUAACAGAUGAAGAAGAAAAAAAUAAAUCUACAGUAAGUAUAACAAGCGUGAGCACAAGCACAGAUCCAGGAGUAAACGUUAAACAGAAAACACCGCAACCCUGUUUUCCUAGAGUAAUUCAAACAAUUCCUGCAAAUGUAGCUAUAACGACUCAACCUGCUAACAUCAGAGUGGUGCAUACAGCGAGUCAUCCAACACCAACUGCUUUAGUAAAUAAUAUGAACGCACCUAGAUUAGCAUAUGUAAUGCAAAGUGGAGUUGGUGCAGGAAGACAGCUAUUAAUAACAUCAAAUUCUAAUCAGAUACGACCUGUAAAUUCAGGUAAUAGGCCACCAUUUACAACUCUUGCAUAUAAAAAUGGCAUUUCAACAAAUGCAAAUGGUACUGUACGUGUAAUAACAACAUCUGCUGGUCCAAAUGUACAACUAAAAAAACAUCCAGCACCUCUUCCAGACUCUCCUCAUUAUGCCAUUAAUCCUGUAUCAAAACUGCCUCCGCCAGCUCCUUCAUUAAAAAUAUCCAAAGUUGCAAAUGGUAUAGUGUUAUCGUGGAAUAUGACACUUUCGGAAAAAUACGCCGAUAUAGUUAGUUACCAAUUAUAUGCUUAUCAAGAAGUCGCAGGUGUACCUCCAAGCACAGGUCUUUGGAAAAAAGUUGGCGAUGUUCGAGCUCUACCACUGCCUAUGGCUUGUACUCUUACUCAGUUUUCAGAAGGUAACAAUUAUUACUUUGCAGUCAGAGCAGUCGAUACACAUUCCAGGAAAGGACAGUAUAGUGCACCUGGCAAUAUUUCUUUGUAAAAUAUGAAUUGUGGAAAUAUUCAUAUGUACGAGAUAUAUUCUCUUUAGAACUUUUUUAAUUUUAAAUAUAACAUUUGUAUACACAAUGAAAGAUGCUUCACAGCCCACAUAACAAAUAUAAUUACAUUAUUAUCAGUUACUUUACAUUUUCAUCGUAAAAUAUUCGUUUUAUUUGAACAAAAAAAUAAGUGAUUGGUAACUUGUAAUUAUAUCGAUUGUAUAAAUUUUAUAAAUGAAAUAUGUCAGAAAAUUAUUCUAGUCCAAAUAUAUAUUCCUAUUUAAUAUAUAAUAAUACUCACUCAAAAUAGCAAAGGGUGGUUUGUGAAGCAUAUUACGAAAAAGAAAAGAAAACUGACGAAACAAAUCCAUUAUGGAAACAGAGUGUCGAGAAAGAUGUGAAAAAAAGUGUUCAAAGUAGGGCUUGUCAUUUUUUUACUUCUUUUUAUAGACCAACUAAUUUAUAGAAACUCUUAAUAAGUUUCCUUUAAUUUAUACGUAUGUAUGUGAUUAUGUGAAUCUCUUAUUAAUCAAGAAAUUAAUAAUUCUAGAUAUUACGAAUAAAUCUUUAGUAAGCACAA